AUGGCGUGGUACUCCAUUCUCCCGCCGCAGCUCAUUCAAGUUGAGAGCUGGGCAGUGCGUAUUUUCUUCCUCCUCGGCCUCAUCACUAUUGUCCCAUGGGCUGCUUUCAUCAUCUUCGACGCUGGUCUUUACCUAUACCGCAUGAUACUAUGGGAAUUCCCAUGGAUCGGAGGACGCGCACGCGGCCACCAACGUCCCCGCGCACCGAGCUUGCAGGAAAGACCAGAUGGCCAACGACGGGCAUUUGGGCUGCACGGCGUCGAGACAGAUGGUGCGGAUAGUGACUCUGGGAAGUCGGGGAGUGCGACGAGCAGCAAAUCUCCGGAGAGAAGCCAAGAUGCUGGGAGGGAGAAUAAGACUUCCGCUGCUGAUGGUUCUACUUCUUCUGGUACGGACGGAGACUUGAAGCGCCGAGGGACCGGUCGAGCUUGA